CUCGACAGAUUAAUCCCCAAAAAAGAGCCGAAUAUGGGAAAUGACGUGCCUCAACAGCAUUACAGUUCUAGAAAGUGCCCCUGGAUUCCAGCGAGCAGAGAGAGCAUGCCAGUGGGGUCGGUCUCAGGGGAGGGGAGCCAAGGGCCACGGCUGUUUAAAGUGGGUCUAUAUCGGGAUGUGGAUAAAUAUCACGGGGUCCACAGCGCUGAGCAACCACUCUCUAAACGUAGCUGCUCACUGUUCAACUGCCUGCCCGUGUGUCCGUGUCUGGCUGACACUGAUAUUAUUGUUGAGAGUCGCGGAGAGAGCAGCGGUUACAUUUUCCACUUGCCGCCAUAUCAGAGGGGUCUCUCUCUCUCUCUCUCCUGGAUAUAUUUCCAUAGCGGAUUGACUGACUGACAGGCAGCGUCCGUCGAACAGCAGCCGGUUCUCUUCUCUCCAGCGCGAGGCCGCUUCCGGGAAACUAUGGGGAAAGAUUAUUAUAAAAUCCUGGGGAUAGUGAAAGGAGCGGCCGACGAGGACAUCAAAAAGGCGUACAGAAAACAGGCUCUGAAAUGGCACCCGGACAAAAACAAGGCGGCCAACGCCGAGGAGAAAUUUAAGGAGAUCGCCGAGGCAUAUGAAGUCCUCAGUGAUCCGAAGAAAAGGGAGAUAUAUGAUCAGUAUGGAGAAGAAGGUCUCAAAGGAGGCGGUGGCCCCGGUGGCGGUCCAGAUGGCCAGGGCAGCAACUUCACCUCCUACACGUUCCACGGAGACCCCCACGCCACCUUCGCCACAUUCUUCGGCGGCGCCAACCCUUUCGAGAUGUUCUUCGGACGCAAGGCCAACGGGCGCGGUCCGGGCGGAGACGACGAGGACAUGGAGGUGGACGGCAACGACCCGUUCGGCUCCUUCACCUCGUUUAAUCUCAACGGGUUCCCUCGGGACCGCCACGUGGGGCUGGGCGGGCAGCAGAGGAGGAAGCAGGACCCGGCCAUCCAUCACGAGCUGCGGGUAACACUAGAGGAAGUGUUUCAUGGUUGCACCAAGAGGAUGAAGAUCAGCAGGAAGAGGAUGAACCCAGACGGACGGACCAUGAGGACGGAGGAUAAGAUACUCACCAUAGAGAUUAAGAGAGGAUGGAAGGAAGGAACCAAGAUCACGUUCCCCAGAGAAGGGGACGAAUCGCCCAACACCAUCCCUGCUGAUAUCGUGUUCCUCAUCAAGGACAAGCCCCAUGCGCACUUUAAAAGGGAGGGGUCGGAUAUCGUGUACCCGGUGAAAGUUAGUCUACGACAGUCGUUGUGUGGUUGCUCUGUGACGGUGUCUACGAUAGACGGGAAGACGUGCAACAUGAAGAUCACUGACGUGAUAAAGCCAGGCAUGAGACAGACUGUAGCUGGACAGGGGCUUCCCUUACCUAAGAACCCCGAGCAGAGAGGGGACCUGGUGGUGGAGUUUGACGUGAACUUUCCUGAGAGUCUCCCCGCCAACGCCAAGGAUGUCCUGAAGAGGCAUUUACCUGCAUCCUAGAAGAACAGACACACAGAGACACACAGAGAGACAGAGACACACAGAGAUGGAGACACACAGAAAGACAGACACACAG